AUGGAGGCUAAAGAGUUGAUUAAUAUUGUUGAAACGGUUCAAUCAGAAGGCAGCAGUCAUGAGGAAUUACAAGAUGUUGAUGAAGCCGAAGAAACACUCUCUCUAUGCGAUCUUGCAGCAUACUGCAGCCAAGAAUCAGAAAAUUACAGCUCGAUAAACGAUGAUUACUCCAAAGAACAGAGCUCGUCUGAUGAAGAUUUCUUCGAGUUCUUUAGUGAAGACUUCACCGCAUCAACUUAUCCGAAAGACAACAUCAUGUUCUGUGGAAAACUCAUUCGCUACAAAGAACAUCCCGUCAGGGAACAAACCCAGAUUACAAAUAAUACCGUUGUCAAUAAGAAGAAAAAACUAAUAAUGAAGAAAAAGCGCAUCGUUCCAUGGAAAUCAUUCUCAUUCAACAAAGCAAAAUCAAGCACCACUUCAUCGAAGCAACAACAACAGAGAGAAAAGGGUUACAAGCCACAAAAUUACGAGUAUAAUAAUGAUUCCAAUACAGUAUCUCCCAUUGCAAAUUCAAUAAAGUCAAGAUGGUAUUUGUUGGCAUUUGGUUACGGAAGGUUUCCUAUAGAAACGGAGUUGAGAGAUAUAAAGAAAAGACAGAAGCGGAGGAGUAAUAUUCCCUAUGCAACAAUGUUUCGAUUGGACAAUACGGGCGGUGAAAAGAUUAAGAGAAGGAAUGAAAAGAGAUCAUCAGGGAGAAGUUUGUGGAGAUUGUGGAGAGUGCUUAGGGUUUUGGUGUGUAAAAGUCAGGAAGCAAAUAAUCUUACUUAG